GUUACCCAAACCGAACCAAACCAAACUCAACCUUCCGGCGGUCCGACCCACCCAUUUGCGAUAUCUAAUGCAAACGGUUGAAAUUACAUUUAGAAGAGGAAGAAGAGAGCAGGAGAGAGGAAUAUAGAUCUAUGGCGUCGUCGGUGGUGAAGAACGCGUUGAAGGCGAUCAGGGAGAGAGGCCUUGGCAUCUUCUUAAGGGAACUCAAGGACGAAGGCUAUUUGAGGUGCCUCCCCGACGGUAAUCUUCUGCAAACUAAAAUCCACAACAUAGGGGCAUCGCUCGUUGGUGUUGAUAAAUUUGGCAACAAGUAUUAUGAGAAACUUGGUGAUACACAAUACGGAAGACAUCGAUGGGUUGAAUAUGCUGAGAAAGGACGCUAUAAUGCUUCACAGGUGCCACCAGAAUGGCAUGGCUGGCUUCAUUACGUAACUGACCAUACUGGGGAUGAGCUUCUGAUGCUGAAACCUAAAAGGUAUGGGGUUGAGCACAAGGAAAAUUUCUCUGGUGAGGGUGAUGAGUAUAUCUAUCAUUCUAAGGGACAUGCACUUAAUCCUGGGCAGAGAGAUUGGACAAGGUACCAACCAUGGCAACCGGCCAAGACUGAGUAGUUCUGUUAAAGCCGACUAUCCAUGGACUUUGCAGACUUUUGGUACCUAAGUCGCAUUUUGAUGAAUAAUGUCCAUCUUGUGUCUGUUUUCAAAACGGUGGCACUUUUGCUUUGUGUUUACAGCUAGAAACUGAGAACUAUAUUAGUUUCACAAUCUGAUUGUGGAACUAAUAAAUUUUCAUUUUGUAAAAUCAAAAAGAAAAUUAUUUGAUCCUUGGAUAUUCAAAAAUAUCAGAUCCUUUAUUUAACAAAUGAGAAAGCUUUGU